GGGAGGGGAAGGAGGGUGUGGAGGAUGGGGACUGGCCUGGAGAAAGGGUGCCUGACGUGGAUAUUGACACAGGCAUUUUCAAGUAUGUCCUCAUUCGCCUCAAGUCGCCACACCAAGACCGUUCCAAGCUGAUAGUGCGAGGGGACAAGAGGGCGCCCUUCCACAACGACGUGCUGCAGCACACAGCACGCUUCAUGGCGCCCCUGGGGCUCAAGGUGGAGGCUGUGGGUGGCGGUCGGAUCAACCACGAUGCUGCAAAGAAGCAAAUCACCAUCUAUGGCUUUUCACAG